AUGGUCCCCAGUGUCGUCAUCUUGCCAAUACAUCAGCAUCGCAAGCAUGUCGAGCGACUACAGUACCAUGCCGCCCUGGGCCGGCUGUACAAAAGCCGGUGCUCACUGACCUUCGAAGACACGCUAACGCUGCCAUAUGCUGUCAGCAGCAAACACCCACCGCAUCAAACGCCCAGGACCUCCACGCUUACGUUCACAGGAGGCUCAACCCACACACACAGUAGGACGUAUGCGGAUAUGGCACAUACUAUGAGAUACGCAGGCAUGCCUGGGUAUAGUGCGUUGGGUAGACAGGAGCGCGGAGAGGCGUCUGAGGAGGGUAGGAGUGGGAGUGGGAGUGGUAAUGUUCGGUACAAACUGGUAGCGGUCAUGGUCCACCAGGGGGGGGAUCUGGGCGGGCAUUUCUAUACGUAUCGGAGAUUGCCGGUACAACGUCCCAUACGCAUGGCAACGAGUGGGUGUACAGACACACACUCGAGCUCGCAGUUCACAUUUGAGCUGUCUGAGAAUACGAACAUGCGUACGGCAGAACAUACCGUACAGCCGACUGCACCACCCGCGGCACCAGAUGUUGUAUCGCACACAUCAGCUUACACACUCGGGCACGGAACACCGCACACACCCCAAACCACCACUCAACGUACGCCAACACACACUACACAUCACAAAACAGCCGCACACCCAGCACCACAUACACCCCAAUCCACCACUCAACGCACGCCAACACACAAUACACAUCACACAACAGCCGCCCACCCAGCACCACAGGCCACGACGGCCCCUGGGCUAACCUGCACUUCCGGCGCGUGCGAAGAGCCGGGUACGAGUGGGGAUGCGUGUGCAAGCAAGCAACGCCACACUACACGUAGUAAGAAGGAGCCGUCGAGUGUAGGCCAAGCUAGGGGUAGCGCAGACAGUACUACGCACACAGACACAAACAUACACACAGGCACGCAAGCACCUUCUGCGAAGGCAUUGAAUGCUUUCGCGGAUGGAGAGGAUACCGAUCACUCCACUAGGGAGGAUGAUGUGGGUGAUGAAUGGUACUUGGUGUCCGAUGAGACAGUGAGACGCGUGGAAUUCUCGACAGUGCAGGCAGACUCGGCCUACAUGUUGCUGUACGAACGCAUAUGAGUCUCUCUGUACAUGCAGAUAGA